AUGGCUGGGUACAGGCCUUCAAACGUCUACCUGCCUCCAGGCGGCGGUGGGCGUGGUCCCAGGGAGCCCAUGCCCACGGGCGCUGUCCCUCCUACCUGGCUGAGCGCCCCGGCAGCUCCAGGCAGGCUAAUGGUGCAGCCCGGUAUGGGGCCAUGCAUCUUCCCAGGCCCUGAGGUGUGGGGAGUGGUUCUUGGUGCCCCACCUUAUGAAUUCCGGGGUGGGGUGGCGCCCUAUGGAGCUGGUGAAGCAAGGACCCAACCCCAUAGUCCCUCAGAAGAGUCCUACCCAGGACCCUACAUUGCCCUGCGUUGCAUGUCAAAGUUGGCUCUGCCAGAGGACGUCUCAGCCAUAAAGAAAGAACUGGAGCAGCUGGCCAGGGAGUUGAGGCAGAAGAGGAUGACGCUGGGUUACUCCCAGGCAGACGUGGGCUUCGCCGUGGGAGUCAUGUUUGGCAAGGUGCUCAGCCAGACGACCGUGUGCCGCUUCGAGGCCCAGCAGCUCAGCCUCGCCAACAUGUGGAAGCUGCGGCCCCUGCUGAAAAAGUGGCUGGAAGAAGUGGACGAGAAGAACCUUCUAGGCCUGUGCAGAAUGGACAUCACUCUGCAGCGGGCUCGGAAGCGCAGGCGGACCAGCAGGGAGAGACGCAUCGGAGUCAAUUUGGAGAAACUCCUCCUUCAGUAUCCAGAACCCACCCCCCAGCAAAUCAGCUAUAUCGCGGGGCGCCUCCGGGUGCAGAGGGACUUGGUCCAAGUUUGGUUUUCUAACCGGAGCUCGCUGGGCAGUUGGCCAGCCAAUGAUGCCCCCCUAAGAGAGGGUGUGAGGGCAGCGGGGUCUCCUUUCCCAGGGCCACCAGUGUAUUUUCCCCUGGCACCAGGGCUCCACUUUGAUUUCACCCACUGUGGGGGAGCCUGCCUUACACCCCUGUACUACUCUACCCCCUUUCCUGUGAGAGGAGCCCUGGUCUCUGCCCCAGCCAACACGCUGGGCCUCCCCAGGCUUUCAAGCUGA